UACAUUGAGUUUAAGUCGUUGGUUUCCUGUGAAAUUAAGCUGAAAAAAUAUAGAAAACUUUCUGCGUAUUAAAUGUAAAUAACAGAGUGUCAAAGAUGGCACUUUUUCACUGAUAAAUCAAUAGCGGAACUUUUGAACAAUCCUAUUUGCCUGGGAAGAAUUUGGUCCAAACUCUCACACAGGCUGAUGCAAGUUGAAUGAGCGAGCUGUCAGCUGUGUUUGAGGAAUACUGUACGCCAGUGGGAAGAAGAUGACAGACUGUCGGGGAGACGGGGAAGGAGCCAAGAGUCCAAUGGAGCUCUACGAGAAACUGACAGCACAAGGAGACAAAGUCAGGGCCCUGAAAACAGCUAAAGCUGAAAAAGCUGAAAUUGAUGCUGCCAUCCAGUCGCUGCUAAAGUUGAAAGUGGACUACAAACAGGUGACAGGUCAGGAUUACAAAGCAGGCUGUCCGCCUUCAGAAAACUCUGUUGCCCCUGACAACGGGCCAGCAGCAGAUGGCGCUGAUGAUGAAGACACAGUUGACCCAUGGAACGUUUCCACCACCAGCGCCAAGGGAGUGGAUUACGACAAACUCAUAGUGAGAUUUGGCAGCAAUAAAAUUGACAAGGAACUAGUGGACAGAAUAGAAAAAGUCACGGGACAGAAACCUCACCAUUUUCUACGAAGAGGAAUCUUCUUCUCACACAGAGAUAUGUAUCAGGUACUGAAUGCGUAUGAGAAGCACAAGUCCUUCUACCUUUACACUGGCAGAGGUCCGUCCUCAGAGGCCAUGCACGUUGGUCACCUCAUCCCCUUCAUCUUCACUAAAUGGUUGCAGGAUGUAUUUGACAUCCCCUUGGUGAUCCAGUUGACUGAUGAUGAGAAGUACCUGUGGAAAGAUCUAACACUGGAAGACUGCCACCGCUUCGCUGUGGAAAAUGCCAAGGACAUCAUUGCUUGUGGCUUUGACGUCAACAAGACCUUCAUCUUCUCUGACCUCGACUACAUGGGUGCAUCCCCUGAAUUCUACAGGAAUGUGGUAAAGAUUCAGAAGCAUGUGACAUUCAACCAGGUCAAAGGCAUCUUUGGCUUUACAGACAGUGACUGCAUCGGAAAGAUCAGCUUCCCAGCCAUCCAGGCAGCCCCGUCCUUCAGUAACUCUUUCCCACAGAUCUUCGGAAGCAGAAAGGAUAUACAGUGUCUCAUCCCCUGCGCCAUAGACCAGGAUCCCUACUUCAGGAUGACCCGUGAUGUCGCUCCAAGGAUCGGCUAUCCCAAACCCGCCCUGCUGCACUCCACCUUCUUCCCAGCCCUGCAGGGUGCGCAGACCAAGAUGAGCGCCAGUGAUGCCAACUCCUCUAUCUUCCUCACUGACACACCCAAGCAGAUCAAAAACAAGAUCAACAAACAUGCAUUUUCUGGAGGAAAAGAUACAGUGGAAGAGCACAGGAAGUAUGGUGGAAACCCAGACAUAGAUGUCUCGUUCAUGUACUUGACCUUCUUCCUGGAGGAUGAUGAACAGCUGGAGAAGAUCAGACAGGACUACGCAAGUGGAGCUCUCCUAACAGGAGAACUGAAGAAGAUUUUGAUUGAGACUCUGCAGCCCAUGAUUUCCCAGCAUCAAGAGCGACGCAAACAAGUCACAGAUGAGACAGUCAAGCAGUUCAUGACACCCAGAUCUUUAAAUUUUAACUUAUAGCCUGCUUGAGCACCUGAGAUGUCAAGGUUCAUCAUGUCAUUAUUUUCAGUGAGAAGAACAAAUCAUUAAUCCAAUUUUCCAUUUAAACAUAUUGUAAUGGGAAGAGGGACAUUUUCUCAUACAGUUUGCAUCCGGACUGGAGAAAAUUUUGUAUGUAAAUUACUGGAUGAUGAUGAUGUGCUUCUCUGUGUCAAACCAAGCAUGGCAUUGCCCACACCUUCAUGCUAAUUGUCAUGCUGCACCAAAUGUACACAUUUAUCUUCAUAUGUCUUCAAGUGUUUGUGUUUGCAGCGCUGCUGAAAUGUCACAUGAGCCCUACUCCUCGCCCUGAAAUCAGUUCAGGAUGAAUGAAUGAUGAUUAAAGCAGAAGACAAAUGUA